CUGACAACUGGACCAUUUUGUGGUACAGAGCUGCCACAUAUGGCUCUAAAGACGAGCCUAUGACAGAAUAUGAAGGGAAGAAAGCUAUUAAUGUGUCACAGGGAGGUAUCUACCACUGCAGAGGAAGAAGCGAUUCAGGUAGCAUCACACACCAAAGUAAUGCUGCCAUCAUUGAAGACACUCUUCCUAUUACGGCCAUUUUGACCCUGAAGCCCAACUGGACUAAGAUAUACAUGGGUGAAACAUUCACUGUCAGAUGUGACAUCCAGGGAGGUGAAGGAACUUACUGGAGCUAUGAUUGGAGACCAAAAAGGUUUACCACAUAUUAUACAACCAAUGAAAGAACAUUCUACAAUGUUGGUUGGGAUGACAAUGGAGAUUAUCAAUGCAGAGGCAAAACGGAUCUUUCCUUCACACAGUGGAGUAAUGUCAUUCCAGUAACUGUAUCAUGUAAGUUGGGCAUCUUUCAUCCAUAUAAACUGUUUCAUCCAAAUUAUUGUAUCUCAGUGUCUGUUAUUGUGUUCUCCAAUGAACCCCAUCCUGUCCUCACUGUGUCUCCAUCAUGGCUGAGUCCUGGAGCCUCAGUAACUCUGAACUGUGAGGUUGAACAUCCGUCUGCAGGAUGGAGCUUCUACUGGUAUAAAGCUGUUCCUGAUCUAUCAGAGAAAUCCUCCAGUUAUGAGCUGCUACCUGAUGGCAGUGGGACUGCACAGGACUCCUACAUCAUUCAUGGACAGACACACACAGCAGGAUAUGUGUGCAGAGCUGGAAGAGGAAGCAACUACUACUACACCUACUACAGCGAUCCAAAGUUUGUCUGGUCUGCUGAUGCUUCAUCAGCAGCGUCUCUCACAGUCGGCCCUGUAGUGCAAAAUUUUGGCUCUGACUUUGUCAAACUGACUUGUAAGGGAAACUCCUCUUCAUGGAGAGUGAGGAAGUUCCCAGAGAAUGGCCGGCCAUAUUGUAGCAACUUUUGGCUGUCAGGAGAAUCUGUAUGCACAAUCGACACAACAUAUUCAGAUGACGGAGUGUACUGGUGUGAGUCUAUGUUAAAAGAGUUCAGCAAUGCAGUCAACAUCACUUUACAGGACUUUUAUUCUGGUCCUCUCAUGGUGGUCCCUGUUGAUCCUGUGAAUGAGGGAACUUUUGUUAGUCUUAGUUGCAACUUGAGAAGAAAAAAAAUCUUUCCCAAUGUGGCUUUUUAUCACAAUGACAAACUUGUCCAAAAUGAUUCCCGAGAGGAGCUGAACUUCUUGGCAGUGUCAAAGUCUGAUGAAGGUUUCUACAAGUGUCAGUACUCAGGAAAAGAGUCACCAUCGCGUUACAUGACAGUUAAAUCUACUGUACCACCUGAAACCUUCA